AUGGACGUGGACGUGGACGUGGACGUGGACAUGGACGUGGACGUGGACGUGGACGUGGACAUGGACGUGGACGUGGACGUGGACAUGGACGUGGACGUGGACGUGGACGUGGACGUGGACGGGACGUGGACGUGGACGUGGACGUGGACGUGGACGUGGACGUGGACAUGGACGUGGACGUGGACGUGGACGUGGACGUGGACGUGGAUGGACGUGGACAUGGACGUGGACAUGGACGUGGACGUGGACGUGGACGUGGACAUGGACGUGGACGUGGACGUGGACGUGGACGUGGACAUGGACGUGGACGUGGACGUGGGACGUGGACGUGGACGUGGACGUGGACGUGGACGGACGUGGACGUGGACGUGGACGUGGACGUUGGACGUGGACAUGGACGUGGACGUGGACGUGGACGUGGACGUGGACGUGGACAUGGACGUGGACAUGGACGUGGACGUGGACGUGGACGUGGACGUGGACGUGGACGUGGACGUGGACGUGGACGUGGACGUGGACGUGGACGUGGACGUGGACGUGGACAUGGACGUGGACGUGGACGUGGACAUGGACGUGGACAUGGACGUGGACGUGGACGUGGACGUGGACGUGGACGUGGACGUGGACAUGGACGUGGACAUGGACGUGGACGUGGACGUGGACAUGGACGUGGACGUGGACGUGGACGUGGACAUGGACGUGGACGUGGACGUGGACAUGGACGUGGACGUGGACGUGGACGUGGACGUGGACGUGGACGUGGACGUGGACGUGGACGUGGACGUGGACGUGGACGUGGACGUGGACGUGGACAUGGACGUGGACGUGGACGUGGACGUGGACGUGGACGUGGACAUGGACGUGGACAUGGACGUGGACAUGGACGUGGACAUGGACGUGGACGUGGACAUGGACGUGGACGUGGACGUGGACGUGGACGUGGACGUGGACAUGGACGUGGACGUGGACGACGUGGACGUGGACGUGGACGUGGACGUGGACGUGGACGUGGACGUGGACGUGGACGUGGACGUGGACAUGGACGUGGACGUGGACGUGGACGUGGACGUGGACGUGGACGUGGACUGGGACGUGGACAUGGACGUGGACGUGGACGUGGACGUGGACAUGGACGUGGACGUGGACGUGGACAUGGACGUGGACGUGGACGUGGACAUGGACGUGGACGUGGACGUGGACGUGGACGUGGACGUGGACAUGGACGUGGACGUGGACGUGGACGUGGACGUGGACGUGGACGUGGACGUGGACGUGGACGUGGACGUGGACGUGGACGUGGACAUGGACGUGGACGUGGACGACGUGGACGUGGACGUGGAGGACGUGGACGUGGACGUGGACGUGGACGUGGACGUGGACGUGGACGUGGACAUGGACGUGGACGUGGACGUGGACAUGGACGUGGACGUGGACGUGGACGUGGACGUGGACGUGGACAUGGACGUGGACGUGGACGUGGACUGGACGUGGACGUGGACGUGGACAUGGACGUGGACGUGGACGUGGACGUGGACAUGGACGUGGACAUGGACGUGGACGUGGACAUGGACGUGGACGUGGACGUGGACGUGGACAUGGACGUGGACGUGGACAUGGACGUGGACAUGGACGUGGACGUGGACGUGGACGUGGACGUGGACGUGGACAUGGACGUGGACGUGGACGUGGACAUGGACUGGACGUGGACGUGGACGUGGACAUGGACGUGGACGUGGACGUGGACAUGGACAUGGACGUGGACGUGGACGUGGACAUGGACGUGGACGUGGACGUGGACGUGGACGUGGACGUGGACGUGGACGUGGACGUGGACGUGGACGUGGACGUGGACGUGGACGUGGACAUGGACGUGGACAUGGACGUGGACGUGGACGUGGACGUGGACGUGGACGUGGACGUGGACAUGGACAUGGACGUGGACGUGGACAUGGACGUGGACGUGGGAAUGUGGACGUGGACGUGGACGUGGACGUGGACGUGGACAUGGACGUGGACAUGGACGUGGACGUGGACGUGGACGUGGACGUGGACAUGGACGUGGACAUGGACGUGGACGUGGACGUGGACGUGGACAUGGACGUGGACGUGGACGUGGACGUGGACAUGGACGUGGACGUGGACGUGGACAUGGACGUGGACGUGGACGUGGACGUGGACAUGGACGUGGACGUGGACGUGGACAUGGACGUGGACGUGGACGUGGACGUGGACGUGGACGUGGACGUGGACGUGGACAUGGACGUGGACGUGGACGUGGACGUGGACGUGGACGUGGACGUGGACGUGGACGUGGACGUGGACGUGGACAUGGACGUGGACUGGACUGGACGUGGACGUGGACAUGGACGUGGACGUGGACGUGGACGUGGACAUGGACGUGGAUGGACGUGGACAUGGACGUUGGACGUGGACGUGGACGUGGACGUGGACAUGGACGUGGACGUGGACGACUGGACGUGGACGUGGACGUGGACAUGGACGUGGACGUGGACGUGGACUGGACAUGGACGUGGACAUGGACGUGGACGUGGACGUGGACGUGGACAUGGACGUGGACGUGGACGUGGACAUGGACGUGGACGUGGACGUGGACGUGGACAUGGACGUGGACAUGGACGUGGACGUGGACAUGGACGUGGACAUGGACGUGGACGUGGAAUGGACGUGGACGUGGACGUGGACGUGGACAUGGACGUGGACGUGGACGUGGACGUGGACGUGGACGUGGACGUGGACAUGGACGUGGACGUGGACAUGGACGUGGACGUGGACGUGGACGUGGACGUGGACGUGGACGUGGACGUGGACGUGGACGUGGACGUGGACGUGGACGUGGACGUGGACGUGGACGUGGACGUGGACGUGGACGUGGACGUGGACGUGGACGUGGACAUGGACGUGGACAUGGACGUGGACAUGGACGUGGACGUGGACGUGGACGUGGACGUGGACGUGGACGUGGACGUGGACGUGGACGUGGACGUGGACGUGGACGUGGACGUGGACGUGGACGUGGACGUGGACAUGGACGUGGACUGGACGUGGACAUGGACGUGGACGUGGACGUGGACAUGGACGUGGACGUGGACGUGGACAUGGACGUGGACGUGGACGUGGACGUGGACAUGGACGUGGACGUGGACGUGGACGUGGACGUGGACGUGGACGUGGACGUGA